UGGACAAUGGUAUAUUAGUGAUUUUGGAUUUUGUGGACCUGCUGAUAAACAUUUAAGAAGUAUAUAUGGAAACCUUCCUUAUAUAGCGCCUGAAGUUAUUAAUGGAAAAGAAUAUACUUUUAAAUCGGAUAUAUAUAGUAUUGGUAUGCUCAUGUGGGAGAUUUCAUCUGGACAACAACCUUUUACUUAUUAUGUUCAUGAUUAUGAUCUUGUGAUAAAAAUAAUGAAUGGAAUGAGACCACAAAUAAUACAAGGAACUCUAACAGAAUAUAAAAAUUUAAUGGUUUAA